UUUCAGGUUGAGGACCUUGCUCGCUUAUCUUUGGACAAACCUGUCUACAUUGAUGUGGAUGAUGGGAGGAGGAGGGUUACAAACGAAGGGCUGCAACAAGGAUACUGUGUUGUCCCAAGCGCUAAGAGAUUUCUUCUCCUUUAUUCAUUCUUGAAGAGGAACCUGUCAAAGAAAAUAAUGGUUUUCUUCUCAUCUUGCAACUCUGUCAAGUUUCAUUCCGAGCUACUUCGCUAUAUCAAGAUUGAAUGCCAUGAUAUUCAUGGGAAGCAGAAGCAGCAAAAACGAACUUCUACCUUUUUUGAAUUCUGUGAAGCAAAAACAGGCAUCCUGUUAUGCACGGAUGUCGCCGCACGUGGUCUUGAUAUUCCUGCUGUGGAUUGGAUUGUGCAGUUUGAUCCCCCUGAUGAACCCAAGGAGUAUAUACACAGAGUUGGUCGAACAGCACGUGGGGAAGGUGCUAAAGGAAAUGCAUUACUAUUCUUGAUUCCGGAAGAGUUGCAGUUUCUCAAGUACCUCAAGGCGGCAAAAGUGCCUGUAAAAGAAUAUGAAUUUGAUCAUAAGAAGGUGGCCAAUGUGCAGUCUCUCCUGGAAAAAUUGGUCGCAAAUAACUAUUACUUGAAUCAGUCAGCUAAAGAGGCAUAUAGGUCCUAUAUUCUAGCAUAUAAUUCUCAUUCCAUGAAGGAAAUAUUCAACGUUCACCGACUUGAUCUACAGGCUGUAGCUUCUUCGUUCUGUUUCUCUAAUCCUCCAAAAGUACACCUCAACAUAGAUAGCAAUGCGUCCAAGUUCAGGAACAAAAAGCGCAAAGUUGAAGGAAGCCGAAAUGGGUUCAGUGAUAGCAAUCCUUACGGAAAGAAAGGAAGUGACGAUACAAGGCAGUUUGUAAGAUAUUAAGAGAUAGAUCAUAUGCAGCAGCAAAGGUUUCUGCACCAGAUGCAUGUUAACAUGUAUAAUUUUUCUCUAUUGUACUUUCUAUGUGGAAGAGUUCAUAGUUGAGGCAUUUUGCUUUCUUAUGGCUAUGGCACUUCGAAUUUUCUGGAUUAAUUCCACAUUUUUGUCCUGGCAUUGCCAAAGUAUUUUCUUGUUUAUUUAUUUAGUUAUGGGACGAACGAUUUUCUUAUGAUAAAAGAUUGAUUAUGGCGAGGUGGGUUAAA